AUGGCCAAGAGAGACGAGAUUGUUAAAGUACUUCAUUAUCUGUUGCUGAUUGUGCUUUUCUACCGUCAGCAGGAGAGGGUGGCCGGCCCUCUCCAGAUAUACCCUUGUGAGGGGGCUUCGUUGGUUGACUGGUGGGGUGGCCAGGUUGAAUCACUCCACCCAGCCCAAGCUCAACAGCUACUUCAAUUAAAGAAAAUAUGUUACACUAUCAAAGAAGACUCUCUGCAAGCUAGCAUAAUGAUGUCUACAAGUAGCAAUAUUACGCAGGAUAUACAGGAAUAUAAUGAAUAUUACCGGGGAGGGAUGUUCGUAAUUCCAUCAACACGUUGUGCGAAGGCUGACGAAUCGUACGUCGCUGGAACUAAUACCUUAAGUAGCGAUCUUGAAGCUACGUUUAGCGAGCCUUUCGCAUCCCUAGCGAUUAACCCGCUUGCACCAGCUUGUGCGAACGCCUUCCCUGACUCUGCUCCGGUGCCUCGAAUAGCUCCGGUAAGGCAAAUAACAAACGAAGUGGUUAAUGGCUGCUUUGACAGCUCUAGUUCUGGAGGAUUGAGCCUGUCCAAGUUGGUGGACCAGCCAUGGCUCUACAUUGUCCCAUUUGGUUACUUACAAUUCUCUUUAUAUAUUAAUUGUUGGAGCCAGGCAGAUCAAUUAAGUGCCUGGCCUCCCGAAUUUCAAGUGUUGACCGCCGAACACGACUUUCUGACUUAUUUUCCAUCUCAAAGUGGUAUCCCAGGCGGAAAAGAGCUAACUAUAUGGAUAGAAUCUAGCAAGGGAGUGGAAGAAAUGACUUUGAUACCCCCGAAAGGGUUAAUAAUUCCUAUCGGUCUACUCAAAUUCCUCCCAUUCUCUGCACUGAUUCUACCAUGCCACCUAGCACAUCGCCGCAGCCAUGAUUUCAACGCCCAAUCAAUCCGAAUAGCAAUCAAUAAAAUCAUCGUCGAUCCCCUCACAAACAUAUACUUUCCUAGAUUACGGAAGCAUAUCCGUGGGUACGUCCUCGAGGUUCUCCCAGUCGCGGUUGGUUUUACAGGGUGCAGCCAGGGAGAGGAUAACGAGAAAGGCGUAGAUCUUUCGAAGUUUGGUCUUGAAAUUUACCGUUCCGAGCGAGAGUAUAUGGUAGAUGCUAUUUUAACCUUAUUAGACGACGCGAUGUUUUUGGUAUUGAGGAGGGGAAUAAGCGAUAUACUAUUGAUAACACCUUCGGAAUUCCUAGUCGACACACAUGUGCAUGCAAGCGCUAAUCUGUAUCCGGCUAUGUCCUCUAGCGUCGUUGCUCCCCCAGCCUCUCGAGACUACGAUUGGUUUAUCUAUCCUGUCUGCUUCGGGAAAUAUAAACGAUCUCCAAAUUGGCUGACGAACACUGAUUGGCUCGGGGUAUGA